AUGUCGUCGGCGUUCGUCCGGAGGGCUCUGAGAUCCUACCGCACGCUCUCUCUCCUUCUUCGCACCUCCACUUCCACCUCCAUCCAGUCUCGCCACCACUCCUACUUGCCCACUUUCUCCAUCUAUCUCAGCCGCUUGGCUCCGCCUUCUCCCGUCAAUCCUUGCUCUUCCGCUCUAAAUUUCCUCCAAGAGACUCGCAGAGAGUUUGAUGACGAUGAUGAUGACGACGAGGAGGUGGAGAAGGAAGCAGGGAACAUAGCUCAAAUCGUAAACAUUGGUCCUAUGGUCAAGGCUACUGCUGUCUCACAGAUGGAGGCUGCAAUCGAUUCCUUGUCACGGGAAUUGUUAAAACUGCACGGAAGGGCAUCCGCUGGGAUGCUUGACCAUAUUAUUGUUGAAACUGCUGGUGUUAAGAUGCCUCUUAACAGGAUGGCUGUUGUUUCAGUGAUCGAUUCAAAAACCCUUUCAGUUACUCCUUAUGACCCCAAUACUUUGAAAGAGUUGGAGAAAGCAAUUGUAUCAUCACCACUGGGUUUAAAUCCUAAAGCAGACAACCAAAGAUUAAUUGCUUCAAUUCCUCCAUUGACUAAGGAGCAUAUGCAGGCCGUAUGUAAGGUGGUUGCUAAAUCAUCUGAAGACGUAAAGCAGAGUAUAAGAAGAGCCCGCCAGAAGGCAUUAGACUCAAUUAAGAAGUCCCUGCCAAGAAAGAUAUCAGACUCGAAAAAGAAGGGGAAGGAUAAAGGAGCAUCAGAGUCAAAGAAGGACAAAGAUAAAGCUGGACCAAGUUUUUCUGAAGAUGAUGCAAAGCGGUUGGAGAAAGAAAUCGAGGACUUGACUAAAAAGUUUAUAAAGUCGGCAGAGGAUAUCUGCAAGGCUAAGGAGAAGGAAAUAACUGGAGGUUAAAGGGUGGCUUUUUGCAUUUUCUGUUCAUCUAUGGUACAAAAUAGGUCAAGCGCGUCAAUUUGUUUAGUGCACACAACUUCUGUGCAUGUUGUGUAUUUGACCGCUAAAUACGACAUGAUGAAAAAUGACGUACUGCUUUCUGGAGUUUUUUUUGUGCUCCUUAAAAUUAUUUUUAAAGCAAUUCUCAGUUGUAAUGUGGUUCGGAGUGUGUUAUGUGCCACCAGAUAUGCAUGCCAUGAUUAGUUUUUGU